AGUAGACAAAAUAACGUUAGCCAUAUAUUUGCUAGUAGACUAACUCAUCAGACGACUAGAAGUUUAUUGACCGCUUUCGAAGUGAACCCUAUCUUACGAUCAAAUGUCAAUGCUUCAUUAGAGAUUGAAGUCGAUGCGAUAUCUCUUUCGAACGCUGAAAAUUCGUUAGAAAUUCUACGUCCGUAUUUAAACAAACCUUUCCUGAAAGCCAAACAUAUUCUAAAUGACUCUACCACUUCUCCUUUUAAUUCACAAGAUAUAGUAGUGCCAAAUUAUGAUCUUUCUGAUGAAGGCCAGUACAAAGAUUUCCAUUACAGCAGAUUGAUAGCUGAAUUCAUCUGUGAGUGA